AUGGACCCUGCGCUCCCCGGAGGCGACGAAGACGGCCAGCCAUGCAUAGAAUUGACCCCUUGCACAGAGUUAUGGUACGAGGACGGCAGCAUCGUGCUCGCCGCAGAGGGAGUCGGCUUUAAGGUCUACCAGAUGCUGGUGGCGCAGAACUCUACCAUAUUCGCGGAUAUGCUCGCGAUCUCGACGCCUCAGGCUAACAUCGAUUCACGAUAUGGUUGCCCGCUCGUGCACAUGCCCGACCCAGCCGAUCAUCUCCGUUCACUGCUUUUAGCCAUACAUGAUGCAAGGUACGCUCACCGACGCAUCGAUAACGCACCAUGUGCGGAGGUCAUCGGGAUCGUUUCCCUUGCGACCAAAUACGAUAUCCCACACCUUCGAAUUCGCGCUGCCAAACGCCUCGCAAUGUGGUACCCUGACUCCCUGAAAGCAUGGAUCGCCGUACGGCGGGAGUCCGUGUCCUUGUCCCCUACCGACAACCGUGAUGUGAUGAAUGUGGCUCGACAAUGCAAUCUUACUUCGCUCUUGCCUGUGAUUAUGUUCGCACUGUGCGACCGACCCAUCGCCGAAAUCAUCGACGCCUCGUUAUGUCCGCAGGACCUACUGCUCAUCAUGCAGGGGCGCUUGGAACUGCUAUCCAUGCAGAGACUACUUCCUUACCGAUGGUUGUAUCGUGGUAACGAAACAUGUGUUACACCGAGUAUAUGCAACCGCCUGAAAGAGUCUCAUUCCCACACACUCGAGAACAACCCAUGGAGACAACGUGUUUGGACAUUCUUCAACCCCUUUGUAUGGGCCAACGUGGAGAAAUCUGGCAUGUGCAAACAAUGCGUUGCGGACGGGAUUCAAACCGGCGAAACCGGACGACAGCACGCAUGGAACGAACUGCCCGCAAUAUUCGGCUUGCCUCCUUGGAAUCAGUUGCGCCGGAAGCCAUAG